AGUGCGAGCGCGUCCCGCUUGUUGCUACACAUCUCCGUGGAAACUAACGCUAGAAUACGGUACUACAACACCCGUCGUGCUUUGCGGCGUGUUACCGGAAGUGAUACGCGUCCAUUAGGUCAACGACACCGCGACGCUGUUUUGCAAGUCACUUCCGGUUUUCCACAAAGACGCCGCCAUGCCGCCCAGGCCUGUUCAAAUAGUUCAACCAGAGCCGAACAACAAGAAUGACAUAGCAACCCCAGAAGAAACCCCAGCCACCAAGCCCAUCGUCGGCAUCAUAUACCCACCACCGGAGGUCCGCAACAUAGUUGACAAGACCGCUAGCUUUGUCGCCAGAAAUGGACCGGAGUUUGAGGCGAGAAUUCGUCAAAAUGAAAUCAACAAUCCGAAAUUCAAUUUCCUCAAUCCCAACGACCCCUACCAUGCCUACUACCGCCACAAGGUCAAUGAAUUUAAGGAGGGCAAAGCGCAGGAACCGUCCGCGGCCGUGCCUAAAGUCAUGCAGCAGACCAUGCUGCAGUCCCAGCAGCUGCCUCAAAAGGUGCAGUCGCAGGUCAUCCAGGAGACGGUCAUUCCUAAAGAGCCUCCGGCUGAGUUCGAGUUCAUCGCCGACCCUCCGUCAAUUUCCGCCUUCGACCUGGACGUUGUCAAACUCACCGCUCAGUUCGUCGCUCGCAACGGCCGACAGUUUCUCACUCAGCUAAUGCAGAAAGAGCAGCGGAACUACCAGUUUGACUUUCUGAGGCCGCAGCACAGUCUUUUCAACUACUUCACCAAACUGGUGGAACAGUACACUAAGAUACUCAUUCCUCCCAAAGGCCUUUUGGUCAAGCUGAAGAAAGAGUCGGAGAAUGCAAAAGAGGUCAUGGACCAGGUACGAUACCGAGUGGAGUGGGCAAAGUACCAGGAGCGUGAACGAAAGAAGGAAGAGGAGGAACGAGAGAAGGAGAGGGUGGCCUAUGCUCAGAUUGACUGGCACGAUUUUGUCGUUGUGGAAACCGUGGACUUCCAGCCCAAUGAACAAGGUCACUUCCCACCACCAACCACACCAGAGGAGCUCGGCGCUCGUAUCCUGAUCCAGGAGCGCUACGAAAAGUACGGCGAGAGUGAGGAGGUGGAGAUGGAGGUUGAGAGUGAAGACGAAGAGGACGAGAGAGAGCGCCGGGACCACUGCCAGCCCUCGCAGCCUGACCAGGACACUCAGGUUCAGGACAUGGAUGAGGGAUCCGAUGAUGAGGACAUGGGCAUCAAAGCUCCUCUGCCGCCCGACAACCCGAUGCCACCUCCACUGCCUCCAACUCCAGACCAGGUCAUCAUUCGCAAGGACUACGACCCCAAAGCUUCUAGACCUCCGCCUUCAGUGGCAGUUCCUGACGAGUACCUCAUCUCACCCAUCACCGGCGAGAAGAUCCCAGCCAGUAAGAUGCAGGAGCACAUGCGUAUUGGUCUGCUGGAUCCACGCUGGCUGGAGCAGAGGGACCGCGUCAUCAAGGAGCGGCAAAUCGAGGACGAGGUCUACGCUCCCGGGUUGGACAUCGAGAGCAGUCUGAAGCAACUGGCCGAGAGGCGUACCGAUAUCUUCGGUGUGGAAGAGACCGCCAUCGGUAAAAAGAUUGGUGAAGAAGAGAUCCAGAAGCCCGAGGAAAAGGUAACCUGGGAUGGCCAUUCUGGGAGCAUGGCUCGUACCCAGCAGGCAGCGCAGGCUAACAUCACGCUGCAGGAGCAGAUCGAAGCCAUCCACAAAGCCAAAGGCCUGGUGGGAGAAGACGACACCAAGGAGAAAAUCGGACCCAGCAAACCCAGCGAUAUUCACCAUCAGCCUCCCAUCCCAUCCUCGGCUUCCAGUUUACCCAAACCCAGUCCCCCCAUCACCACGAUGCCCCGCCCACCGAUGACUCCGAUGCCGCCACCAGUGCGCACCACUCUCCUGUCUGCUGUCCCUGUGAUUCCACGGCCGCCCGUGGCCCCCGUCGUCCGCCUUGCACCGGGACAGGUCUUGGCGCAAGUGCCUCCCAUGAUCUCCGCCCCACGCAUCAACGUGGUUCCCAUGCCGCCGACAGCACCGCAUAUCAUGGCUCCGAGACCGCCGCCCAUGGUUGUUCCAGCUGCAUUUGUCCCAGCGCCACCAGUACCUCAGCCACCCAGUGCUCCGGCGCCACCUGCCCACCCACCUCCACCUCAUGACGACGAGCCAGUCAACAAGAAGAUGAAGACAGAAGACAACCUGUUGCCAGAGGAGGAGUUCCUGCGCAGGAAUAAGGGUCCUGUGGCGGUUAAAGUACAAGUUCCCAACAUGCAGGACAAGACGGAAUGGAAGCUAAGCGGCCAGGUUCUGAAUUUUACCGUCCCGCUCACCGACCAGGUGUCUGUUAUUAAAGUCAAAAUCCACGAAGCCACAGGGAUGCCAGCUGGAAAACAGAAGUUACAGUAUGAGGGAAUUUUCAUCAAAGAUUCCAACUCGCUGGCUUAUUACAACAUGAACAACGGCUCAGUCAUCCACCUGGCCCUGAAGGAGAGAGGAGGAAGGAGGAAGUGAGACGAGCAGCAAGACAAGAAAAAAAAAACUGCUUCUCCUGCUGGUGGAUUUUAUCGCUUAAUACUACGUUAGUACGACCGUUGUCGACUGCAUUUAGCUUCACGGCUGUUUAUCGUCUAUUACAUGCUUAGCCUGUUUCCUCAAGAUGCUAAUAAAACCGCGUGCUCACGGAAAAGUAUGUUGAUGACAAACUUUAAUUUGUUGAAGAUGGAGAAACUGACUGUAUCGACAUGUGUUAUUAAAAUAGUUUCAAUAAAAAAAAA